AUGCAGCCGUUGUUUCUCUCGAAUAACGCCGAUGUGAGCCGCAAGCGUGCUCCCUGCCAACGAGAGGAUAUUGCAACCCAGCCGCGGUCCCAGGUCCAACUGACAGGUCCACCGAUUGAGCCUCGAGUUUGCCCAGACAACUUGGAGGAGAGCUUACCUCACGACACGCAAAGUGAAGAGCUUCGAAGGCGAAGCCGAACUACCAGUGUCGCUUGA